GUUAAGCAUCUCAGUCUCUAAGUAUUUGCAAAGUUAGCCGAAAUCACAACAAUGGCCAAAGAGGGAACAAAAGUGCCAAGAAUCAAAUUGGGUUCACAGGGGCUAGAAGUGUCAGCUCAAGGACUUGGUUGUAUGGGUAUGUCCGCUUUUUAUGGGCCGCCCAAACCCGAACCCGAUAUGAUCCAACUCAUUCACCAUGCUAUCAAUUCUGGUAUCACUCUUCUUGAUACUUCAGAUGUUUAUGGACCCCACACUAACGAAAUCCUACUUGGCAAGGCGUUGAAGGGAGGGAUGAGAGAACGCGUUGAGUUAGCAACAAAAUUUGGAGCUAUUUUUGCAGAUGGAAAACUGAAAGUGUGCGGAGAGCCAGCCUAUGUAAGGGCAGCAUGCAAGGCUAGCUUAAAGCGACUUGAUGUCGACUGCAUUGACUUGUACUACCAGCACCGAAUUGAUACACGCGUGCCAAUUGAAGUCACGAUUGGAGAACUUAAGAAGCUGGUUGCAGAGGGUAAAAUAAAAUAUAUAGGUCUAUCCGAGGCGUCAGCAUCGACCAUUAGAAGAGCACAUGCAGUUCAUCCAAUAACAGCAGUACAAUUAGAAUGGUCUCUAUGGUCUAGAGAUGUAGAGGAAGAAAUAAUCCCUACUUGCCGAGAACUCGGAAUCGGGAUUGUGGCAUACAGUCCACUAGGACGGGGAUUUUUGUCAUCCGGUCCAAAGCUGCUUGAGAAUUUGUCAAAUCAAGAUUUCCGAAAGCAUCUCCCAAGAUUCCAGGCUGAUAAUCUUGAGCAUAACAAAAUAUUGUACGACAGGAUUUGUCAAAUGGCGGCAAAGAAGGGAUGCACCCCGUCUCAACUGGCCUUGGCCUGGGUACACCACCAAGGGAACGACGUGUGUCCUAUCCCGGGCACCACUAAGAUUGAAAACUUGAACCAGAACAUUGAAGCUCUCUCCAUAAAGUUAACAUCAGAAGAUAUGGUAGAGCUUGAGUCCAUUGCUUCAGCUAAUGCAGUCCAAGGUGAUAGGUACGGUUCUGGGGCAAGUACUUACAAAGAUUCAGACACUCCACCCCUUUCAGCAUGGAAAGCUACAGAAUGAUGCACUUCCACAAUUAGUGCCUCUGUUUGUCAUGUUGAGUUGAGUUGUUCCUGUAUUUUGCGCGCUGUAUGUGCUGAAAAACUGCAAUUAUUUCUGUUUUAAACUGUUGUGCCACUUGUGACCUUAUGAUUAUUCGUAUAAUAAAAUGUGUGACUCUGUUUGCAUA